GGACGAGCGGCGGCAGCUGGGCGAGUGACAGCCCCGGCUCCGCGCGCCGCGGCCGCUCGAGCCGGCGCAGGGAAGCGCCCGCGGCCCCGGGCGGCAGCAGCGGCCGCCUCCCUUCGCGCCUCCCGGGCCCGCAGCCCGCGGCCCGCGGCCCCGGGGCCGGCACCUCUCGGCUCCCGCUCCCCGCGCGCAAGAUGGCUGACCCGGCUGCGGGGCCGCCGCCGGGCGAGGGCGAGGAGAGCACCGUGCGCUUCGCCCGCAAAGGCGCCCUCCGGCAGAAGAACGUGCACGAGGUGAAGAACCACAAAUUCACCGCCCGCUUCUUCAAGCAGCCCACCUUCUGCAGCCACUGCACCGACUUCAUCUGGGGCUUCGGGAAGCAAGGAUUCCAGUGCCAAGUCUGCUGUUUUGUUGUACACAAGCGGUGCCAUGAAUUUGUCACUUUCUCCUGCCCAGGCGCUGACAAGGGCCCAGCCUCUGAUGACCCCCGGAGCAAACACAAGUUCAAGAUCCACACCUACUCCAGCCCCACGUUUUGUGACCACUGCGGGUCGCUGCUGUAUGGACUCAUCCACCAGGGGAUGAAAUGUGACACCUGCAUGAUGAACGUCCACAAGCGCUGCGUGAUGAACGUCCCCAGCCUGUGCGGCACGGACCACACGGAGCGCCGCGGCCGCAUCUACAUCCAGGCGCACAUCGAGCGGGAAAUCCUCAUUGUGGUCGUAAGAGAUGCAAAAAACCUUGUACCUAUGGACCCCAAUGGCUUGUCAGAUCCCUACGUGAAACUGAAACUGAUUCCUGAUCCCAAAAGUGAGAGCAAGCAGAAAACCAAAACCAUCAAGUGCUCCCUCAACCCCGAGUGGAAUGAGACAUUUCGAUUCCAGCUGAAAGAAUCUGACAAAGACAGAAGACUGUCUGUAGAGAUUUGGGAUUGGGAUCUCACCAGCAGGAAUGACUUCAUGGGAUCUUUGUCAUUUGGGAUUUCUGAACUGCAGAAAGCUGGUGUGGAUGGCUGGUUUAAGUUACUGAGUCAGGAGGAAGGCGAGUACUUCAAUGUGCCGGUACCACCAGAAGGAGGUGAGGGUAAUGAGGAACUGCGGCAGAAAUUUGAGAGGGCCAAGAUUGCUCAGGGGACCAAGGCUCCGGAAGAAAAGACGACCAACACCAUAUCCAAAUUUGACAACAAUGGAAACAGGGACCGGAUGAAAUUGACCGAUUUCAACUUCCUGAUGGUGCUGGGGAAAGGCAGCUUUGGCAAGGUCAUGCUCUCAGAGCGAAAAGGCACAGAUGAGCUCUAUGCUGUGAAGAUCCUGAAGAAGGACGUGGUGAUCCAGGACGAUGAUGUGGAGUGUACGAUGGUGGAGAAGCGGGUGCUGGCCCUGCCUGGGAAGCCGCCGUUCCUCACCCAGCUGCACUCCUGCUUCCAGACCAUGGACCGCCUGUACUUUGUGAUGGAGUACGUGAAUGGGGGCGACCUCAUGUACCACAUCCAACAAGUUGGCCGGUUUAAGGAGCCUCAUGCUGUAUUUUAUGCUGCAGAAAUUGCCAUCGGUCUGUUCUUCUUACAGAGCAAGGGCAUCAUUUACCGUGACCUAAAACUUGACAACGUGAUGCUGGAUUCUGAAGGCCACAUCAAGAUCGCUGAUUUCGGCAUGUGUAAGGAAAACAUCUGGGAUGGGGUGACAACCAAGACCUUCUGCGGCACCCCAGACUACAUUGCCCCGGAGAUAAUUGCUUAUCAGCCCUAUGGGAAGUCGGUGGAUUGGUGGGCAUUUGGAGUCCUGCUAUAUGAAAUGCUGGCCGGGCAGGCACCCUUUGAAGGGGAGGAUGAAGACGAGCUCUUCCAGUCCAUCAUGGAGCACAAUGUGGCUUAUCCAAAGUCCAUGUCCAAGGAAGCCGUGGCCAUCUGCAAAGGGCUGAUGACCAAACACCCGGGCAAACGCCUGGGCUGUGGACCUGAAGGCGAACGUGACAUCAAAGAGCAUGCAUUUUUCCGGUAUAUUGAUUGGGAGAAACUUGAACGCAAGGAGAUUCAGCCCCCGUAUAAGCCAAAAGCUUGUGGGCGAAAUGCUGAAAACUUCGACCGAUUUUUCACCCGCCAUCCACCAGUCCUAACACCUCCUGACCAGGAAGUCAUCAGGAAUAUUGACCAAUCAGAAUUCGAAGGAUUUUCCUUUGUUAACUCUGAAUUUUUAAAACCUGAAGUCAAGAGCUAAGUAGCUGUGUAGAUCUCCGUUCUUCAUUUUUGUCAUUCAAGCUCAACGGCUAUUGUGGUGACUUUUUGUUUUCAUUGCAAAGUUGCAUUCAUGUUUUCUUUGCUGAUGAGACUAGAGUGACCGUGUUUCAGAACCCAAAUGUCCUCAGGUAGUUUGGUGCAUCUCUAUGAGAUGGGACUACACACAUGGCUUGUCAAAAAUGUGGCUGUGUCAUGAACACAUGAUCAGAGUCCUCUCACAAUUUCUUGGCCCCAGCAUGUCAGCUCAGUAGAUCAGCGGGAACAGAAAAUGCCUGCUUUCUUUCCCUUUCCCCCCUGCACUGCCAUUUUUACACAUUUUCUCACUCCCACCAGCCACUGUAGAUUCUUCCUACCAAAUGAGUAGAUAGCCAGAUGCUACAGCGUUCCUCCACUCCCUGACCCAGAGCUUGGCUUGCGCCCAAGUAUGUGGUUGCUUUGACUUACAGGGAAUUCCCCUGUUGUGCCCGGUUUGGAGGUACCACGAGACUUGAAAAGAACAUACUAAAAAUAAGAUUUUAUUUUUUUCCAAAAAAACUCAAAGUUAAGAAGAUUAUCUAAGCCCUUUCUAAAUUCCAAGAGUGAGCUUUUAACCAGCUUCCAUCUAAAUGCUCUUCAAAGGGUCGAAAGGCAACCAGCUUGGGUGCUCUCAAUGCUGUAAAUUUCAGAGACAACUGCUCCCUGGUCACCUUCAUCCCCAAACUAUGUGCAAAGGGCAUUUGGCACACACAGUCACUCUAGGGAGGUCCAAAAGGACCAUGGUUUUACAUUAACAUUUCAAAUUUAAUUUGCUUUGGGGUUUUAUUUCUGUUGUUCAAAUGC